CCCUCCAGGAGGAACUCUGUCCAGGACAGAUAAGAGAGCCCCAUUCCUAAUUUUACGCAGAAUAGCAGGAAAUGUGACAGUGAAGUUUUCCGCUACCACAAACAAGAGAGCAGCCAGCCCAGUUUUGGAGGGAAUCCUGUGUGGCUGAGUUCCUCUGGGCUGACCUCUCUCACUCUGAGAGAGAGAGAGAGAGAGAGAGAGAGAGAGAGAGAGAGAGAGAGAGAGAGAGAGAGAGAGAGAGAGAGAGGGAAAGCGACGCAAAGUGAGAAAGUGAGGGAAGAAAGAAAAGAAGCAGGGAAAGGGAAGGAGGGAGAGAGAAGGAAGGGAUAGAGAGAGACAGACAGAGAGUGAGUGAUAGAAGAGGAAGAGUGAAGGAGGGAUAGGCAGGAGGAAGAAAGAGAGAGACGUGAGGAAGCCAAGGAGAGCUACUGGAUGCAUAACAUUCUCUCCUCUUCUUCUCUGACAGUGCAGAGAAAGUUAUGGCCGAAAACAACACCAAUCUCUUUCUGGAAAUACUUCAGUCAUUUGAUGUUGUCUCCCUGAUCAUAGCUUUCUGUGUGUCCAUUGCGGUGGGAAUCCUAUUGGGGGUGCUGGUCUAUGUUGUCCUGACCUGGAUGUCCCGUCGCAGGGCCGGCUCGGGCAGUAUCACCCGCCGGCCACCUCGCCCGUCCCGCACCUCCCCGCGCACCCGGCCUGGCUUCAAUCGCAACAGCAGCUACGACCGGCGGAGCAACAACAGCCUGGUUAGCGCUGCCUUCAGCUUCCACCGCCAGGCAUCCUCCCCAGACCAGGCUGACCCUUUGGGUCGCAAACCCAGCUUCAGGGCGUCCACCUUUCACCCACUUCUCCAGUGCAGCCAGAUCGCCCGGGAAGCUGAGGAGGGGAGCCAGACCACGUUGCCUCGCACUCCAACCCUGACCACUUCAGCUGGGUCAGCCCACCAAACCGCAGCCCAGGCUGCUGCCACCCCACCCAGGCCCGAGUUGUUCUGGAGCAGUAGUAGUCUGAGGGGGUUCCAUGCCACACAGACCCCACCUCCUGCUUAUGAGAGCAUUAUAAGGGCCUACCAGGAGACCUGCACCUGAGGAGGGGAUGAAUGUGUCCAUCCUGAUAGUGGACUGACUGAGCCUAGGGUUGUCAAUGGGAUUUUAGAACAACUGGAUAUGUUUGACUUGAGGGGAAAAUAAAUAGCCCUAAUGCUAAUAUAUGUUUCUAUGUGUGUGUGUGUGUGUGUGUGUGUGUGUGUGUCCCUGGUGAGCAAGAAAGAGAUGUUUAUUUUCAGAUGAGACAGAGUAUUUGUUGUACAUGUGUGAAUGUGUGUGUGUCUAAUGAGAUUUAUAAGAUUGAGAACUCAUGUUGAUUUCCAUCAUGUACCAACCCAAUCCACCCAUGUAACUGGACUACUUUCUAUUUGUGAGCUUGGACAUGCAAAACUAUAUCGAUAAACAAUGUUUGCAUGAUCCAAUGAGGGUUCCUCUCCAAGGUAAUCUGCAAAAUGUGUGUAUGAUUGUCAUGGAUCUGAUUUAUAAAAUGGUCACUGUUUUGGUUGGAAUUUACUGGACACAGAUCAUAACUUAACACAAUAAAAUGCUGAAAGAAAUGGUAA